AUGGACAAGCUCAAGAUGAAGAGGACCACGCGAAGGGCCCAGAACACCAAGCUUAUACAAGAGGCAAGUGUGCUACUUGAGAAUGAUGACGCGACAGUGCGACAGAUCGACUCGAUUUAUGAGAGGCUCAAGAGCAAUAACGAGGAGCUGAAGAAGAUUAAUGAUGAGAUGGAGAGCCACAUAAGUGAGGAGGCAUUCGAGGCGGAGUACGCUACCGUAAUUGAAUAUGAGGACAACGCGACCCGCAUCUUAGCCGAGCUCCAGAGCAAACGCCGCCAGCAUAGCGAAACAUCUCCAGUGUCACUGCACAUCGAAGUUCGCGACGUGCCAGCGGCUAUGGGACCUUCUGGUAGGCCAGGAGCCAAGUUACCGAAGCUGACGAUUAACCCUUUCGCUGGUGACUUGUGCAAGUGGAGCGAGUUCUGGGAACAAUUCGAUCAGGUAAUCAACCAGAACGGCAAUCUUUCAACUAGCGACAAAUUUAACUACCUGAGGCUGUUUUUGAAAGAAGACGCAGCGGCAGCUAUAGCGGGGCUUCCUACCACCGAAGCAUGCUACGAAGACGCGUUAGACAUCCUGAAAAGACGUUUCGGUGACAAAAAGCGCUUGGAGCAGGAGUAUUUCUCAAGACUUCGAAGGCUUACUCCUGUGCGUUCGUCUAACGAAGUGGCCAAACUGCGCAAGUUAUAUGACCAUGUGCUGAUUAACACGCGGGGACUGGAGGCGCUUGGCAUCAGCAAGUCAUCCUUUUCAUCGAUGCUGCGCGACAUUCUGCUGAGGGCAUUGCCACCAUUUGACAGAGUCAUGUAG